UGAAGAGUGGGCUUUGCUGGAUCCUUCCCAGAAGAAACUCUACAAAGAUGUGAUGCUGGAGACGUAUACGAACCUCACAGCUAUAGGAUACAAAUGGGAAGAUCAUAAUAUUGAGGAACAUUGUCAAAGUUCUCGAAGACAUGGAAGGCAUGAAAGAAGUCAUACUGGAGAGAAACCUUCUGAAUAUGAUCAAUGUGUUAAAGCCUUUGCAUAUCAUAUUCAUCUUCAGAGAAAGGAAAGAAUUCAUAUUGGACAGAAACCCAGUGAAGGUAUUCAAUGUGGUGAUGCCUUUGCAUGUCAUAGUAGUCUCCAAAUACAUAAAGAAACAUAUACUGGAGAGAAACCCUAUGAAUGUAAUCAUUGUGGUAAAGCCUUUGUUUGUCAAAGUAGACUUCAAAUACAUGAAAGAAGACAUACUGGAGAGAAACCCUAUGAAUGUAAUCAUUGUGGUAAAGCCUUUGUAUGUCCAAGUAGUCUCCGAAUACAUAAAAGGACACAUACUGGAGAGAAACCUUACGAAUGUAAUCAAUGUGGUAAAGCCUUUUCACAACAUGGUCAUCUUAACAAACAUAAAAGAACACACACUGGAGAGAAACCCUAUGAAUGUAAUCAAUGUGGUAAAGCCUUUUCACAACACAGUCAUCUUAAAAUACAUAAAAGUACACAUAGUGGAGAGAAACCUUAUAAAUGUAAUCAGUGUGGUAAAGGCUUUCCACAUCAUAGUUAUCUUCAAAUGCAUGAAAGAACACAUACUGGAGAGAAACCUUAUGAAUGUAAUCAGUGUGGUAAAGGCUUUCUGUAUAAUAGUCAUCUCCAAAUACAUGAAAGAACACAUACUGGAGAGAAACCCUAUGAAUGUGAUCAAUGUGGUAAAGCCUUUGCAUGUCACAGUCAACUCCAAACACAUAAAAGAAUACAUACUGGAGAGAAACCCUAUGAAUGUAAUCAAUGUGGUAAAGGUUUUACACGGUACAAUCAUCUUCAAACACAUGAAAGAACACAUACUGGAGAGAAACCCUAUGCAUGUCAUCAAUGUGGUAAAGGCUUUACACGUCACAGUCAUCUUCAAAUGCAUGAAAAAACACAUACUGGAGAGAAACCCUAUGAAUGUAAUCAAUGCGGUAAAGCCUUUGUGUGUCAACGUAGACUCCAAAUACAUGAAAGAAGACAUACUGGAGAGAAACCUUUUGAAUGUAAUCAAUGUGGUAAAGCCUUUGUAUGUCCAAGUAGUCUCCGAAUACAUAAAAGGACACAUACUGGAGAGAAACCCUAUGAAUGUAAUCAAUGUGGUAAAUCCUUUGUAUGUCAAAGUAGUCUUCAAAAACAUAAAAGAACACAUACCGGAGAGAAACCCUAUGGAUGU